GGCAGCGAUUGGCCGUUUUUGAAAGUUUAAAGGAAAACCUGCACAGUGAGAUAAGGAGAGCUUGUGCCCAGUUGACUGCCUUCUUCGGAUAUAGUCAGUGGGAGCCAAGUUACUCUCCGUGGCUGUGCCUCUAUCACUGUUCCUCAAGCGUUCGGAAACACACGGGAAUCAACGUUGUCAACACUUUCCACUCAUUAUGGCUUGGACGCACCUUCUUUUCGUCUGCAUUGUGCAGUUUGCCGCCGGCUCGGUCUCAGACGCCAAGUCGAAUAACACCGCGGUGAUCGGCGUCGAACCGAAUGAGACGACAACACCAACGUCGUCGUCGUCGAUAGCUGCGCCGGGUUCGAUCCCAACAGCGAACCGCAGUCUGAGCGCGACGCAAAACGCGACGACUUUCAGCGGCAACGCGUCCACCACCACCACGUCCACCACCACCAACGCGUCCACCAUCACCGUCGCGUCUCCGAUCUCAACGUCAACGAUCAAUUGUCCAACUUCCACAGCGCGCAGCCGAGCGGCGACAGUCGCAGCGACGCCUCUGCCGAAUACGCGUGUCAUCGCUGGGUCCGCGGCCGCCGUCGUUCUGCUGCUGCUGCUCGUGACGGGGAUGUACAUGUGCUUCAGGAGCAGGAGGUACAACUCCUUUUGGUUUCCUCGUGGAAUGGAUUCAGAACUGGGCAUGAAUGAAAUUAAUAGAAAAGAUGCCGACGCGAUGUCGUCGACGUCGUCGGAGAGCUCCGUCUACUCCCCCGCCGAGAUCGCCGAGAUCGCCGCGCGGGCCAAUGAGCUGGACCUCUCCCGCAAGGCCCUGCACACGGAGACGGACUCCAACAAGGAUCACCGAGAGAUGGCGACUGAAAAUGACGGGGAGGAUGCCCACCCAAGCGGCGGCAAUGACAUCGUCGAGAAUGGAACCGACAACGGCAGCAGUGAUGCCACCACUCACCUCAUCGAGCAAGAUUCUGAAGUUGAUGGAGCGGUCGUUCAUCCAUAAGUCUUCCCACAGAUGUACAGGGCACACACCAUGCAGGACGCCCCCCUCUAUGAUGAACCCUUAACCCCAGGUUAACAGGAGACGGCCAGCGAGCAUCUGGAUAGCUGUUCAACGCCUCGCAGAGAGAGAGAGAGAGACAUCGAGCCACCACGGUGAUCGGAAAGCUGAUGAUGGUACCAAGGUGCCCUCAUUCUUCAACUCUGAUCGCCUCUUCCCUUGUGUGUCGUGUGACUGUGUGGUCGUAUCGCGCAUCGUGUGACUGUGUGGUUGUACAAUGGGCUCCCUAGUGCGCGCAUUUUUACAUUGCCGUUGACUGCCGUGUGUUACCAUCAAUACAAAAAAAGAUGGCUUUCAGAACAAUACAGUAUAUAUAUUUUUAAAAUUUCAUUGUUGGAGGGUGUCUCGUCUAGGCAAUAGUUUAUAGGGUAAAAUUUAUAUGAAUUUACAUACCAAGUGCUGAUAUAGGAACCAGUAAAAUAUUUUUUAUCGGGUCAAGAGCUAAUUAGGAACAUAAAAUAUGUUCCUAAUAAAAUUGUAAUCCUAUGCACAUGUAUAUUAAAGGCUGAACAUCACUAACAUAGACGCGUGCUCACAAUAACAGUAUAUUCAGCACAGGUGUUUUCCCAUGUUAAACUGUGCAGUGUUUAUUUUAAAUUAAUACCCUCUUAUAAAAAAAUGUAAAUCAUCCAACUCGCAGGUUAAUGGCAUCUUGUUGCACUGCGCAUUAUCGAGCAGCCACGUUUUAAAACACUAAAUGGCAUAUAUAUGAGUAUACAUCUCAUUGUCAGAAUAUAGUGUGCAGAUCUAUAUACAAUAACACACAAUUGAAAUCAACUUAACGUCAAUAUAAUCAUAGAUAAAUGACCCAAAGUUAUUUUUAUAAUACAGCCAUCGCAGGUGUAAAUUACUUAAAGGGGCCAGAAGCAACUCAUAUAACCAUUUCGUACGUGAUGGUCCCGUGUAUACCAAUGCUCAUCCUACAUGUGCGACAUUGAUAUUCGAUGAAAUUAUUAAAACAAGCCGCCACAAAUAACCCAUCACAACAAAUCGGGACACUGCGGCCUCUUCAUUUGAUCACCAAAACGAGAACGUUUUGACUGCGGCCGAGGAGAUGCUAUCCAUCGCAAAAACGAAAACUCUCACCCCACCGUUGCGAGAGGGUUGGAAACGGAGCUCUUUCCGCGACCUCUUUACCUCAUUCAACUCGCUCCGCCUGCUCCCUUCAAUGGGUGUUGUGCCCACUCGAGCUGGCCGAUGGCUACGAUGGGGAAACGUGAUACUGGCGAUGGAUUUGCUCAGAGUCAGAAUGUUUCUCUGGUUAAAUUAAAGGCCGCAUGAGUAUUCACGUUUCAAGCCAUCGCGUGUUGCUCCUGAUUAGGUUUUUUUUUCGUGGCGAACUAACAAAGUGAGGUUCAGUUAAUACGUAAAAUAUGUACGAGUGUAUGUGUGGAUGUAUGUGUAAAUAUACUGUAUAUGACACAGUAUUCAUGUACUGUAUGUGUUUUUUUUAAUAUGCUUAUUGGAAAAGUGCAGUUUUAUUUUGAUAAGGGUUAAGCAAACGAUACAGUUAGUCAGUCAGUAGGUCGCAUGCAGUGGGGUUAAGUUUGGGUGCUCCCAAAACUUCCAAGAUGCCUGGCUAGCAGAGAAGAGUAGGCCAAAUUUCCCUCCUUAGGUGUUAUCUGGAACUUCUUAUAGUGGAGGACCUUCUGCUAGCAGCGGCGUAAGCAAGAAAGUGCAGGGCUGCACCUUAUACGUCUUAGAAUAUGAAAAGAACAUCAUUAUACAUCUCAGGAAUGAUUACGGUCAUGAUCAAGUGAGACAUGAGUGGAUCAAAUAUAUGUGGUCUUGAAACUGUGCAUAUAGCAGUCAAUUAUGGUUAACAUAUGCAAAUAGCGUAUAUCAUUGCUGCUAAAUAAAUUUAACAAAAUGCGAGUACAUACAUAAUAACCAACACAUUCAACAUUGUUUUGAAAUCUCUACUGGUCACACGUUUUCAAAUAAACGCUUUUUUGUGAACUUAACUUUCACGCAUAAUCGAGCUGAAAAACGCAUCAUUUGUUAUCAGCAACGGCAACUGGGGAAAAUUAAUAUAUCUUAAAUAUAUAUUAAAAUAAAGUGUAAGAAUUACGUAUGUGAAUAAAAAAUACAGCUAUGUUGGAUGACAUUCAACUAACUCUGUGUUGUGUGGCCCCUGGUGUUUAUGAUGAUGCCACAAUAUGAACCCAGUACAAACCUCAGUGUCAAGACUCUUGAGGAGAGAACUGCAUUGGGAUGCAUGGCCAAUUCUGUUUUGGUGACUUUGUGGUAUGUGGGAGGAGACUGGAAUACCCGGAGAACACCCAUACGUAAGAGUGCUAACACACCCAAACUCUGCACAGAUUGAUUCAACAAUCCAUUGGUAGACUGCGAUCUCCUGGCCUCCCCACAGGCCGUGCCUACAACAUCUGGCAAGCCCCCGUGGUCACCCAUUCAAGUUGUAACCAGGCGCAAUUUGCUUAGCUUCUGAACUCUGAUUUGUUUGGGCACAUUGAGGGUCAUUUUUAUCACGGGUAUGUCUAUGGCAGUGCAUCAGAGGCCCCCUCUGGGUGGCUAUAAUAAAACCCCUGCUGUGUGGCGGUGGGACAUUGGUGGACCAUUGAAUCAGUCGGCUCCCUUUCCAGUCACCUUGAUUGUUUCCACCUCCAAAAGCAGGAUUGUCCAAUACUUUACCUCGAUAUAUAGAUAGAGUCCUUUCUAAAAUACGGACCAAUGUAACGUGAACACGCGGUUCUCCUUUGAGAACCGCGUGAAGUGCUUGAUUCUACGGUUCGUCAUAACGAUCAGUUUGAAGCUCUUAUAUUUUCUGGGUAAAGUUCAGACCGAUGCAAUGUAAGUUAAACAUGGCUAUUUUUCUUUUCCAAAUGCAUUCUUUAAUAUAGUUAUGUGUAUAUAUGUGGCAAAGUCAAGGGUCGUGAUCGGGCCGAAAGGGCUUUCUAUAUUCUUGGAAGAACAAUUUAAGAUGAAAAGAAUGUUUAUAGUAAAUGUCUACUGAAGUGUGUGCUUAAAGAGGGUCUAUAAGUAUGCUUGAGGACAGGUUAACUUUAAACUGUCUUGACUUCCCCAACCUCUCUUGAGUACAGACUGGCUCCACUUUCAUUUCCAUCAGUGGGUAUUUGAGCUACAUUAUCAUUGGCUGGUUGUGGCAGGGGGUGUGUUGCGCAGUGGUUAGAGAACUGCAAUGUGAACCCAGAAAUCUGAGUUCAAUUCUCAGUUACAGUUAAAAAUUAGUGGCAAGUGACAUCUGAAUCAACUCGACCAUCACCAACCCACGAUGACCAGCGUGUUAAAGUAUGGUCAAAUAACCCCUUUUGAUGGAUAUGGCAUGGGGAAGCAUUCACCCAGCAGCUGAUUGAUAAUGGGCUGUAAAUUAUUGUCGAUACAUUUUGGUUGUGGUUUUCACCGUGUUAACCAGUCUUCAAACAAGGCCCCAAAAAUGCUGUAACUUGCUUAAUGUUGACGUGAAUAUCCCAUGGAUUCAAUUACUUUGUGUCAUGUGAAAAAAAACCUGAUGUAACACAACUUGCUUUAUGAUCAUUCAAUCUAAAAGUGUUAGUCGGGGUAUAACGAUUCAUCGAUUGAUUUAAAUUCUUAAGCACGAGAUAAGUGGAUUCGUACAUUCGCUUGUGGUCAGAUUCAAUGUUUGCCAUGAGUAGGGUUGUUCACGUGACCCCUCUAGACGCUAGAGGUCCUCACAUUCACCACGCCGUUAAACUAAAUAAUUGAGUCUUGAAUUGAACCGUGGGUGGAUCGUUACACGCCCCAGGCCUCACAUUAAAAAAGUUGAUUUAUUUCAUUUUACAAAGUGGAGUUGUUUUUGUUUACUGGAAAUGUGUAAAAGUGCUUAAGUAUGCCGCUUAAUCGUGGGGCAAAUAUUGUCGGCUAGCGUUUUGUGUAUUGUUUAAUGUCCGAAUAUUGUUUCAAUUUAUGACCGUGAAAAGGCUUCGAUAUAAAUGUAUUCGUUUUCUUUACAUAAAUGUCAACAAGUAAAAUAGA